AUGUGGAUCGAUCGGCAUUUAAAGCACAGAAGGUGCCACACGCUCCAUCUUCGCAGACACAGCCGCCCCGCAGCCUAUGCCCGAUCCCUCGGCGUCUGCCCAGCGCUCCACAAUGGCUCAUUAACCACCCUGCUGUCUGUCCCCACAGCUGGGCCAGCCAAGGAGACCAGCAGCAACAGGCUGGAUAAAGGGAAGCUGCCAGCCGCUCCACAGCCACGCCAGCAGGUGGUGACAGACACAACAGAGCCGGUCUCUUCCGAAGAGACAGAGGCCACAGCGGCAGCAGCCAGCGCGGCAAGCGGAGCAAAGGGCGCAGGGAUCAGCAGUGGCCCCAAGGCGGCCUGGGCCAACGAUCCAAGCCAUCGCCACUUGGGGGGUAGCACCCGAGCAGCCAUGACCAGCAGCCUACGCAGCCUCAUGAACUCUAGAGUGGGUCAGCUCUUCCUCCGCAGCGUGGACAGAGCGCUGGACAAGUCGGAAGAGCUGAUGAAUCGGUAUCUGCCCCUGACGGAGAAAGAGCUAGCUGCACUCACAAUGGAGGGGCUGGACACCUCCACAGCAGAACACCACAGGAAGGGCUGCUUUGUGCGGCUGGGGUCCCUGUCUACCAGUCUGCGGAACCGGGCCUUCAUGCUGAUCCUGAAUAAGCUGAGACAGACCCGGCAGAACGCCCAUGAGAACCUCUCUCAACUCCACCAGACUAUCAACCUGAUUGAACAUAUCCAGCAAGAGAAGCAGCUUCCUGGCAGCCAGGAGAAGCUGCACAGUAUGUGGGAACAGUGGAGCCAGAAGCAGGAAGUGGGCCUCCAGACCAAACCAAGGGGCAGCAAGGACAGCAGGUCCCCAGCCUGCAGCAGCACGGAUCACAACUCCCAAGCCAGCAGCAGCAAGGACAGAAACUCCACGCAGCUAGAGGUGGAGUCCAAGACCUUGGCGAUGUCCCGUAGCCUGUCGCAGCAGCUGCAAGUUACUUACCUGAACCUCUUAUCCAACGUCAGAGGCCUCCCCACACGUCUCCAGGAAAAGAUGCAGGAAGUGCAUCAGAACAUGGCGGAGCUGCACAGGUACUUCUCCUCGGCCAACUCCUUCCAGGAUUUGUCCGGCAACAUCCUAAGCCAGAGCCGGGAGAAGGUGGCCAAAGCUUGGGAGGCCUUGGAUGAAGUGAUGGAUUUUCUGUUGCAGAACCCUCCUGUAACGUGGCUUCUGGAAUCCUUGGUUUCCCUUGAAGGGGAGCUGCUGGAGACAGAGGAGAAGCCAGAUAUACUGAAAGUCCUGAAACACUACGAGCCACAGGACUGCAAAGAUGACUAGCUAGUCAGCUUCCGCCGGCAGACCUACCAAACCCUUUGAGCAGACAGAGACCUAACCCUGAACCUCUACCAGGAGCUUCGGUUUUACUCUAGCCCUCUUGGGAUACACCCCAAAUGUGACACCCCCCAAG